GCCCGGUCGGGCUCGGUCCGGCGGCCGCGGCCAUGACGCAGGGUCCGGGCGGGCGCGCGCCCCCCGCGCCCCCCGCACCCCCGGAACCGGAGGCGCCCACCACCUUUUGCGCGCUGCUGCCUCGCAUGCCGCAGUGGAAGUUCGCGGCCCCCGCUGGUUUCCUGAACCGCGGCCCCGCUGCGGCGCGGGCGGCGGGGGGCGCGGGGGCCGCCGACCCGGAGCCCGAGCCGGUCAGCCCGGCCGGCGUCCCGGCGCUGGCGGCCGCGGUCCUGGGCGCCUGCGAGCCGCGCUGCGCCGCGCCCUGCCCGCUGCCUGCGCUCAGCCGCUGCCGGGCCGCCGGGGUGCGGGGACCGCGGGGCGCUCGGGGGGCGACCGGGCCCCCGGAUGCCCCCGCUGACGAGUGGAUCCGCAAAGGCAGCUUCAUCCACAAGCCAGCGCACGGUUGGCUACACCCGGACGCCAGGGUUCUGGGGCCCGGGGUCUCCUACGUCGUUAGGUACAUGGGCUGCAUCGAGGUGCUCCGUUCCAUGCGCUCCCUGGACUUCAGCACACGCACCCAGGUCACCAGGGAAGCCAUCAACCGGCUCCAUGAGGCGGUGCCUGGCGUCCGGGGCUCCUGGAAGAAGAAGGCCCCCAACAAGGCCCUGGCCUCAAUCUUGGGCAAGAGCAACCUGCGCUUCGCGGGCAUGAGCAUUGCGGUCAGCAUCUCCAUCGACGGCCUCAACCUCUCGGUGCCCGCCACGCGCCAGAUCAUCGCCAAUCAUCACAUGCAGUCCAUCUCCUUCGCGUCCGGUGGUGACACGGACAUGGCGGAUUAUGUGGCCUACGUGGCCAAGGACCCCAUCAACCAGAGAGCCUGUCACAUCCUGGAGUGCUGUGAGGGCCUUGCCCAGAGCGUCAUCAGCACCGUGGGCCAAGCCUUCGAGCUGCGCUUCAAACAGUACCUGCACAGCCCCCCCAGGGUCGUCGUCCCCCCGGAAAGGCUGACCGGGAUGGAGGACUCGGCCUGGGGGGACGACGAGGAGGUGGAACACAACUACUACAACAGCCUCCCUGGGAAGGAGCCGCCCCCGGGAGGGCUGGUGGACUCCAGGCUCGCCCUCACACAGCCCUGUGCCCUGGGGGUCCUCGGUGCCCUUGGCCAGGGAGCCUCUCCUGCUCGAAGAGACACCCGCGGCCUGCAGUGGGAUGUAGGCCCCUCAGUCCCAGCCCAGCCCGGGGAUGGCUAUGUGCAGGCGGACGCCCGGGGCCCCCGAGACUACGAGGACCAUCUGUAUGUCAACACGCAGGGUCUGGACGACCCUGAGUCCCUGCGGCCCGAGGACAGCCCCAAGAAGGAUCUGUUCGACAUGCGACCCUUCGAGGAUGCCCUGAGGCUGCAUGAGUGCUCUGUGGCGGCUGGCUCGGUGGCAGCCCCCCUUCCCGUGGAGGAUCAGUGGCCCAGCCCCCCGACCCGCCGGGCCCCCAUCGCCCCCACGGAGGAGCAGCUGCGUCAGGAGCCCUGGUACCAUGGCCAGAUGAGCCGUCGGGCGGCGGAGAAACUGCUUCGGGCGGAUGGGGACUUCCUCGUGCGGGACAGCGUCACCAAUCCUGGGCAGUACGUCCUCACCGGCAUGCACGGGGGGCAGCCCAAGCACCUGCUGCUGGUGGACCCUGAGGGCGUGGUGCGGACGAAGGACGUGCUCUUUGAGAGCAUCAGCCACCUGAUCGACUAUCACCUGCAGAAUGGGCAGCCCAUUGUAGCCGCUGAGAGUGAGCUGCACUUGCGAGGCGUCGUCAAGCGGGAGCCCUGAGCCAGGUGAUGGUUCUCAGCCUAUGGCUUCUGUCCCCGCUCCUCCGAUGCUCCUGUGGUGGCCUUAGGGGCCCCUCAGCCUUUCUCUGGACCCUGGUCAGGCCGGAACCGCCGCUGUCUCUCCUUCUCCACCUGGGUCUCAGGAGUCUUCCUUCUCUAGCUGGUCCUGGGGCUGGGAUGGGUCACCCUGGCCAGGACACGGGGUGCAUGACCCCUCUCUCUCACCCCUGCCUGCCGCCACCUUCACCUGGAGUGAAGAUGUAUGUACCAAAGACAGAACCUUUUCUCGCCUUUAAAGAAAAUAUAUCGAAAAGCAGCCAUCCGCCUUGGAGCCUGGCCCAGGUCCCCGAUGAGGCCAGGGGGCACCAUUUUCCUUCCUGGAGGGUCAUCAGCUCACCUCCUGGGGAAUGAAGGCUCCCAGCUCCCUGGCAUGCAGACGGGCUCCCGUCUCCGCUGGGCUCAGAUCUUCCACCUGAAAAAUCGGCGCAUAGUUGUCUUUUGGGGGUAGAAUUGAAGCGCUGUGGGUCCUCAGGCCGGGGCAGAUGAGGGUGUUGAAGUGGGUGAAAGCCUUGGGCUGAUGGGGUCAUCUGUCAGCUCCAUGCCCACUGACCCGGGAGGGGGUUGUUGUGAGGCCCCUCCCUCCCAGCUGUCAGCCUGGACUGGAUGCUUGGAAUCUGUUUGUAAUUAAACCUGGGAAUGACCGUG